UUCCUAAAAGCAACACCCUGACACACAUGUCAAAUUCAACCCUUUUUCUGCAAAUAAUUUUAAGCAUUAAUUUUACUACUAAAGUUGUGGCUAUUAGUACCCAUUAAUAAUUAUACAUACAUUAUAGUCCUCCAAUAAUUUUAAGCAUUAAUUUUACUACUAAAGUACCUUGUUUCGUACCUAUUUAGGUUUAAGUACCCACAUUUUGUUUAAAGUUUGUCCAUUGAAACUAUUUUCUAUGUCCCCAAAAGGCGAAAACACAUCACUAAGGCCAAAACACAUCAACACCUUCAAGCCCAAGAACUGUUGAAAAAGAAUUGGCUCUCCGAUUUCGUUCUACAGAGUUUCUUUUAACGCCUCCUGUCCAAUUUCUUCGUUCUGAGCUUGAAACCACUUCUAGGUUGGUAAAUUUCGUUUUCUUUUGUCUUGGUCUCGGCGGAGAUACCAUAUCGGCAAAGGGAAUGGAGAAUUCCCGACAAAUCUGCUUCCAGAUUGCCGGCCAGUUCCACGGUGUUGAAGGGGUUUUACUGGAUUGGCACAAACAUCUAGGGCAGACUGUGAGGGACAAAAUUGAUUGCUAUUGCUGGGAGAUGUCACAAAAUUGGAACGAUGAUGAAUUCGAUACUCUGUUGUACUCCUCGAGAAGCCUCUCCUCAAAUUCCUUGGUUCUCCCUGCCUGCCGCCGCCGGAAACCUCAUCGCCGUGAAAAUCAUGAUUCCGGGAGGAAACCAAGAGGAGGCGAAAUCGGAAGCUCGUCGUCGAAGAAACGCAUCGCCAAAGCUAUCGAAAGGCUGUCAUGGACAUAAUCGAUGAAAACUUCUUCUUUGAAAUUCUCUCAGUCGUUUGGUCACCGAAAUUCACUCUGCCUCUGCUUUUCCUUUUGUCUCUUCUUCGGUCUCUCAAUCACAUAUUAUCUGGCUGAUGCUCUAGAGAGCCCGAUUUCACCCGGUCCUUUAGCAGUCUGCAGAAACAUAAAAUUGUUAGAUAUUAGGGUGUUGGAGAGAUUGACGGCAUGUGGAAGAAUUGACUGAUCGGUCUUAUUCAUUUUCUGUGCUCAGACGAACGACUAAUCCUCAGCGUCUCCGGCUUGCAUCAACAUAUGUCUAGUUUUUUCACGAUAUUUGUUGAAAUAGGCUAAAAAGGUAAUAAACAAACGCAUCCAUAAUAUGUUAUUCUAUUCAAAUUGUACACAAGAAAAAGGAUCACGUGAAUCAUAACUAUAUUCAAUUUAUGUCUAAACUUUAAGUCGAAUAAUGCAUUAGAUUAGGG